AACCUUUCGUUGCGGUUGUCCGCUGCGCUUCUCUUACAGUCUCUCCUUCUUCCUCGAUCGCUUCUGUAAUCUCUUCGCUUUUCCAUCGCUCUCCGUACCAAAUGGCCAGUCGCCGCCCUUCCUCUCCUCCUCUCCUGCUCCUCCUCGUCCUCGUCCUCCUCUUCCUCGCCUCCAUCUCCGCCGUCCGCUCCCGCUCCAUCACCAUCCGGCCCUCCGAUCCGGUCUCCGGCGUCCUCAGCCCGCCGCUCGGCCGCGGGUCCCCGUUCUCGGCCUCGUCCGACUCCUGCGACGAGACCUACGGCUUCCUGCCCUGCACGUCCACCUGGAUCGGCAACCUGUUCCUGAUCCUGGUGUACGGUUACCUGAUGUACAUGGCCGCGACGUUCCUCUCGAGCGGCAGCGAGCUGUUGCUGGAGAUCCUGGGGCCCGGGCUCAUCGGCGGGCUCUUGCUGCCGAUGCUCGGGGCGUUACCCGACGCCAUGCUCAUUCUCGUAUCUGGACUGUCUGGAAGCACGGAAACUGCACAAAGUCAAGUCUCUGUUGGAAUGGGCUUGCUUGCGGGUUCAACUGUCAUGCUUCUAACUGUCAUAUGGGGUUCGUGUGUUCUUGUUGGCAAGUGUGACCUCACGGACGUGCCUGAGUCAGGCUUAGCUGCAGUGGAUAAUGAGGAUACAAAAGGGUUUAGUUUGACAGGUUCUGGUGUUACUACCGAUAAGUUAACAAGAAGUGCAGCAAGGAUCAUGAUUAUCUCAGUUAUUCCAUUCGUGGUUGUUCAACUUCUGCAACUUCUCAAUUCAACAUCGGGAAGGCAUGUGGCAGAGUUGAUAGCACUGAUUCUGUCUGUGGUUCUACUGAUCUCUUACUGCCUAUAUCAGGUGUUCCAGCCUUGGAUCCAAACGAGAAGACUUAUAUUUGGAUUCUUAAGACAUGUAAACAGGCGUGCCCUAGGAAGGCUUAUGAACGAUAAUGGUGAAGUUGACACGGCUAUUGUGGAUAAGCUAUUCGGAAUCAUUGAUGAGAAUAAUGAUGGCCAACUCAGCGUUAGCGAACUAAAGGCAUUCUUAGUAGGAUUCCGUUUUGAAGAGAUAGAUCUGAAUCGGGAUGAUGCUGUAAAGAGAAUCAUGGCAGAUUUUGAUACCAUUGACCGUGAUGGUCGACUUUCAAAUGAGGAGUUCAGAAAGGGUAUCAAAAAAUGGCUAAAGAAGGCGGUGUCUUCAGGAGUAGGUUUCAGUCGCAGAAAUUGGGGCACGAUGAAGUUUAAUGAUGACGCUCACAGUCAAGCAAAGGAAGAGCACGCGCAAUUGUUAGUGGGGGAUCAAAGCGAUGAGGUGGUUGAAAAUGUAAAAAUGACCUCCUUAAAAGCAGUGGGAUUGAUUGUUCUUGGAACAGUCAUAGCAGCAGCGUUUGCUGAUCCCUUGGUAGAUGCGGUCGACAAUUUCUCAGACGCCACUAGUAUCCCCACUUUCUUCAUUUCGUUUAUUGCACUGCCCUUGGCUACCAACUCCAGUGAAGCAGUGUCGGCAAUAAUCUUUGCUAGUCGUAAAAGGAAGAGGACAUCAUCACUGACAUUCUCUGAGUUAUACGGGGCGGUGACCAUGAACAAUUCGCUCUGCUUAGCGGUCUUCUUGGCUCUUGUCUACAUCAGAGGACUAACAUGGGACUUCACAUCAGAAGUGCUUGUAAUUAUUAUUGUUUGCGUUGUGAUGGGAUUAUUUGCCAGCUUCCGUACCACCUUUCCUUUGUGGACAUCGUCAGUAGCCUUCAUACUUUAUCCUUUCUCGCUGGCGCUGGUCUACGUUCUCGACUAUGUCGUUGGUUGGUCAUAGAUUUGUUCUCAGGGUACUCAAGGGGAUGCAACAGUUUUCUGUCAUAUUCCCUUUCUGGCUUUUCUAACAUUGGAUCUUUUGGAGUAAGAUUGCAUCCGGAUUUAUUCCUUAGUUAUAGUAAUCUGAGAAAUGGUGUUUUGUAGUGAAAGGAUUAAGAAUUUUUCCAUGUCGCUGAGAUGUUGAAUGAAACACUCUGUUUGCGGAAUUACAUUGGGAUGCUGCCUCCUCUUUGAUC